UGGACGAUGCUAAAUACAGGUGUAAACGUGUUCUGAAAUGUCUUGAGCUACUUUUGAUCAUUUCAAGAGGUAGUCUUGCUCAUAUGGUUGAAUGAGUUUGAACAGACUACAAAUGCAAAAGGCCGCCUACUCUCCACCUACUGACCUAAUGCAUAAACAUUAAGCAAAGCACACUGACCAGACGGGAUUUAAACUUUGUUGGCUAAAGACCCAAGUUUGGUUUGAAGACGAAAAACAUACCAAGCACAAAGUUCUCUCACCUUUCCUGUUUUCUAACACUUCACCACGUUUGGCGUGAUAUACAUGUAUAUUGAUCUGAAAAAGCCCAAACAUUUGCCUGCCCAUAGACCCUUCCCUCGAAGAUAUCAGGACAGAAGUGAUUGAAAGUGGAAUAAAGAGACGGAUUAAAACACCAGGAGUAAACGGGAAUGUGUCUUCCUCGUCUACUUGUGAUCCGAUUGAACAAAACGCAUCUUAAUACCAGGUGUAAACAGGGCCCAUAUCAUGUAAGCUAAAGAAAAGUCUCAUUCAUCAUAUUAAGAUAAUAAACAUCUCCAUUCAAAGCAGAUUAUUUAAUUUAUAAAUAUUAUUACAUGUUUUCUGGCUCAUGGAAAAAUAAUUUGACUAGUUCUAAGAUUAACUAAAUAAAGACCACAAAGUCACAACAAUUUGUCCCUGAUUCGUUCCUUUCAAAUCCUGUUGAGCCUCUUUGUUUUGAAAUCGUCACUGUGGAAGACAGUUUCCCUGGAGGCGAGACAGUGGGUAGAUUGCGUUCUCCACCAAAAUGUGUUUAAAGAACUUUUUUUUACAUGCAUGAUAGAAAGAGUGCCAUGAAAUAAGGUGUAAAACCUUCACUGAGAGGCAUAAAGCUUUUUAUCGCCAAAAGGCAGUGAAAUAUUGAGGAAUGCAUUUGAGGCUAUCACAAGUGUUUUAUUUGGAUAUUCAAAGGAUGAUCCACCAUUAAUUUGAGGAAUUUUUAAAAGCUCUGGUUAGUCUGGGAACAUUCCUGUAAUUCUAACCUUGUCAGCACAUCAGGCUUGUAUAAAGCUCAAAGGAUGCACUAAAACUCACUGUGGUGUGAUAUUUACACAAGACUUGAAGAUUUCACAGCUGUAUAUUUACUGUGACAGCCGUGAGGGACAGCUAGAACUCAAGAUAUCAAAUGAGCAAUGCUAUAUCAUAUUUCAUUGAUCUUCCACGUGCAGCUAUUUUAUGGGGACUGGCAGAGAGCCAUAAUAUAUUUUACAAAGUAAAGAAAAAUGUGUAUCUGAAUUUACCGGUCAUAGCACUUUCGUUUUAUUCAGCAUAUUGCAUGAGAGAGAGUUAGUGGUGACACAUGAACCCUCAAAAACUGUGGUUUAGAUGUGAUUUGUACGCUCCCAGCUGUCUUUUCCUCACUGGCCGCUUAAAUGCAGCUCUUCAUAGAGGAAUAUCACAUACUGCUAACUUUUGGUGCAACUAUCAGUUAUAGGUCAGAUUGUAGAUUCACUUAUGUUACAAACAUUAAUUGGAUGCAUUUCAAAUUAAAUCAAAUCUUUUUUUGCAACUUAAAACUGUAUGUAAUUGAAUCAAAGUAUUUUACAGUAGGUAAAUCCCCCUUGAGGAACCAAUUCCUAAACGACCUGUAUAAUGCCACAAUGAUUUAAAAAAAAAAAAAAAAAAAAAAAAAGGCCGAUAUAAUUGUGAUCACUGCUCAUUUUCACGUCUUGGCACAGUUCCUAGAUUAAAUGCAACCAUUUAUCUUCCCCCACCUAACGCUGUGCAUGAAAGAAGGUUUAAACAUGGUAGUGCUUGUAUAGGUUCUGAAGUAAACUGCUUUAUUCAUGAUAUGAUAAAUAACUGCCUGUCUAAGUAGGUGGCGUAUAAUACAAGUUCAAAUGUUUGGGACACAUGAAAUCGAUCAAAAGUGACAUUAAAGUCAUUUAUAAUGUUACAAAAGAUUUCUAUUUUAAAUAAAAGCUGUUCUUUUUUUUGAAGUAUCCAUUCAUCAAACAAUCCUGGAAAAAGUUUCCACAAGAAUAUAAAGCAGCACAACUGUUUUCAACAUUGAUAAUAAGUUGUUGUUUCUUAAGCACCAAAUCAGAGUAUUAGAAUGAUUUCUGAAGGAUCAUGUGACACUGAAGACUGGAGUAAUGAUGCUGAAAAUUCAGCUUUGCCAUCAAAGGAAUAAAUUACUUUUUAAAAUAUAUUAAAAUAAAAUAAAUUGUAUUAAUAUUUUACAAUAUUGCUGUUUUACUGUAUUUUUUUUUAUCAAGUAAAUGCAGCUUUGGUGAGUAGUCUAUACUUUUAAAAACAGAAAAAUCUUACUGAAAGCAAACUUUUGAAUAGUAGUGUAUUCAUUUAUUGUUUUGUUUUUUUUAUUAUUUUGAAGUUUAAAAUAUUUGUCGACCAUGGAAGAUACUGAGUGAGGAAUUGUUAUUAUAGAGUGAAUAAACUGAAUCCCACCGCUGGAUAUUUUAAAAGUAAUAAAGACAUAGACUGUGCAGCCCCUCCGAAGACCAUCAAGCACUUCAUAUCUUUAGUGAUAUGAGUAUCGACCUGCUUUAGCAAAAAUCAAUGCACUCAUUCACUCAUGUAUAUUGAGGACAGUACAGUUAAUCUAACAGAGUGUCGUAUAUUUGAGGCUCUUGGUCUUCCAGAGGUUAUGAGGAUCGGGUGUGUGCUAAGUGCGUUUGUGUGAAUGCUAAUUACAUGGGCUAGACUGGCCUGACACUACACUGUUGACUUCACACAAUGGCUAGAGGCCCCGCCCCCACAAUGCACCUGCUGUCCAAUCAGAUGCAGGGGUUGUCAGGAGGUUGGUUGGGGUCGGUGGUUUCUUUUCUGUUGUUGUGAGAGAGAGCUGAAAUGGAAAAUGACUUCUAAGCUUUCUCUUUCCUUUUCCUUUUGAAAGUCUCAGUUAAGAAAGCAGUCUCUGCACAUUGACUCAGGGAAUCUGUCUGCCUGGCAUGUAACAUUGUGUAUAAGCUUUCCACUUUACAGACAAAAGGUGUCGCUAUCAGUGUUUUAAACAUGGCAGCAGAUCUGGCUUUAGUCUCUGUUCUUAUCCAGCUUCUUGUUGAUUUGGUGGCAAGUGACAACAUUGACUUCUACAAUCUCAUGCCUGCUGUAGAAGCCACCCCGUAUCCCAAGAGUUUCAAGUGCUUCACCUGUGAACAGGCCUCAGACAACUACAGCUGUAACCGCUGGGCAGAAGAUGUGUGGUGCCCUCAGAAUACCCAGUACUGUAUGACAAUACAUCACUUCAACCAUCAUGGGAAGACAAAGUUUGUUACAAAAAGAUGUGCAGUGCAUGAAGAAUGCCAGUUAGCCGGCUGUAGACAUCACAAAAAUACACACCAUGAGUGUGUAUCUUGCUGUGAAGGGAUGGUUUGUAAUGUAGAGCUGCCCACCAAUCACAGUAAUGCAGUGUUUGCUCCGAGACAAACCCACAGCUCAGCAGCACCCACUUUUAGGACCUGGGAUUCUGUGAUCCUGCUGAUCCCGGCUCUCACUGGACUGUUACCAUUGUGAUCUUCAGUCAUAAGAACCUGUUUGGUGAUGAACAGCACUACAAAUGAAUGAGACAAAGGAGACGUCAUCUACGCUGGAAUAUUAAUACAGUUAGAUGGAUGUUUUCAUUAAAGUCACAGUAAUAUCAUGCUGGGGAAAGCUAUCUGUUAGCAUUCCCAUCCAUCUCAGUGGCAGGAUGUUGCAGGACUCCCAGGAAAUCUGCUGUCUUUGCUCAUGGGCUCACAGAUGUUUUCAUGAUUGAUCAGUGACUAAUCAGCCUGGAGUGGCACAAGAAGCAGAUGAUCACUAGUGACUAUUUGAAACUGUAAUAUAAGUCAAUUUUAAAAGCUUUCAGACUUCCUUCAACAACAGAUGGACUUUGGUAAAUAAUCUAUUAUAAUAUAAUGAAAUAUUUGCUUGCAAACAUUUUUACUCUGUCAGAAAACACAAAGAACAUCCACUAAAUGUCCAUCAGUGGAGAAGGAUGCAUUUUGUAGCCAUAUGGUGUAGAUAUGGCAUCCACCAGUAGGGGUUACUGGACUGUGCUAACCAGCAAAACCUCAAAACUCUUUGGUGGAUUCAGUGUGGAGACGGCCAGGCAUCCAGUAUGGAGGAACUGUGCACAGGAAAGAGCUGGAAAAUAUGUCAGUGGAGUACUAGUAAUGCUUGUGACGACUGCUAACUAAUGACGUGCUAAAUAGGACAGACGGGUAGCAAAAUGGCAUUUAGCAGCUAAAGCAGUGGAUUUCAUUUAUGCUGCCUCACUGGAUUUGUAUUGAGCAAAUUGAGGCUCACCCUGAGCAUUGGAUGUAUCUAUGUGGGAUGGUCCUGUGGCUCUGGUCCCAGAUUCUGUCACACAGGCCAAGAACGGCAAUGACAGGACACAGGAUGUGUUGUUCUAGUUUUAUAAAUGAUGCAAAUGUCUAAAAAGAGAUCUUCAUUGCUGCAUAAAUGUCAAAACUUUGAGAACAUGGACCUGCAUCACAUAAAAGCACUAAUUAAGUAUAUUUUGGGUUUCUCUGAUUGAACUAUUACAAACACUUUUCAUAUUUUUAUUAGCAUUUUUUGGUCCCAAAAGCCUUAAAGAAAUAAAAAUGUGACCUUAUUUAACUAA